CCUGGAAACAAGAAGCUAAUUAUGAUUUGAUUCCUCAUCACAUCCUUCCACCCCUCAAAGGAAAGCUAUAAAUUGGACAGUUUGUGCUGGCAGGGUAGACUACUUGAAUCACUAUAUCCAUAUCUUCAGCCUUUCUUCCUGCGCUAAUUCGAGAACAGACAGUGGAUAAGAUUUACUGAAUAGUUUCUUUUUCUUCUGUUGAUCAAUGGAGAUCGAGUCUGUGAACUGUGAGUGUUGCUCUUUAAGAGAGGACUGCACUCAGGCGUACAUUGCCACUGUGAAGGAAAACUUCGACGGAAAAUGGCUCUGUGGAUUGUGCUCGGAAGCGGUGAGGUAUGAAGCAGGGAGAGGGAGGAGGAGCAAAGAGUUUAAGGUGGAGGAUGCUUUAGGGGCACAUAUGUCAUUGUGCCGGAACUUCAGAUCAAAUCCGGCCGUCCAUGUGGCGGAUGGGAUGAAGCAGAUGCUCCGGAGGAGGUCUGGUGUGGCAGUGGCGGUUGAUGGUUCGGCGGCCAUGAGGUUUGGGCGGUCAGUGAGUGCAUUAAGGUAGGCUGAGGAUUUUUUAAGUAUGGUGUGGUUUUUUUUUUUUCUUCUUCCAUGAAUAGUUGUGUAUUGAGGGUUUGAUCUAAGUGAAAAAGCCAGAGCCUGGGCUUAUUUUUUA